AUGCCACGAAAACGUAAAGAAUUAGAGACGUGCGGAAAUCCUUUAUACUUGAAAUGGCUGGGCGAAUGGAUGGAAAGCGCUAGUGCCGCUAAUAAUAAAGCUUACUAUACAUAUAAAAAGGCAUAUGACUCGAUGUCAAAAUAUCCGUUACCAUUUCAACACCCGGCUGAAGCGGCUAUUCUAAGUGGUAUUGGACCUGGAAUUUGUCAAAGAUUGGAAAUGAGAUUAAAACAACAUUGUGAAGAAACUGGUCAGCCCCCUCCACAACGUCCUGGUUAUAGUGAUGAACCCGAACCUAAAAGGCAAAAGACUACUACCGCUCCCAAAGUCUAUGUUCCUAAAUAUCGGUCAGGUGCCUAUGCAAUAAUGUUAGCACUUUAUAAAGCAUCCGAGAUAGAUUCAAACCCCAAUAUGACAAAGCCAGAUCUCAUUAAAGAAGCACAACGUUAUUGUGAUGCCUCUUUUGAUAUACCAAGUGGCAAGCAAAAAUUUUAUACAGCAUGGAAUUCCAUGAAAACUUUACUUGACAAAAAUUAUGUUUAUAAAAAUGGUUAUCCUUCAAGGUUUUCAUUAACAGAAUCUGGUCUACUGGUUGCUCGACAAAUGGUGGAAACAGCCAAUUUACAAGGAAACAAUCCAUUUUCAAACUUUCCUUCAACUCAGCCUGCAAAUUUGGACGAUACUGUAGUACAUACUACCAGUUUACAAGGAAACAAUCCAUUUUCAAACUUUCCUUCAACUCAGCCUGCAAAUUUGGACGAUGCUGUAGUACAUACUACCAGUUUACAAGGAAACAAUCCAUUUUCAAACUUUCUUUCAACUCAGCCUGCAAAUUUGGACGAUACUGUAGUACAUACUACCAGUUUACAUGGAAACAAUUCAUUUUCAAACUUUCCUUCAAUCCAGCCUGCAAAUUUGUACAAUACUACAGUACAUACCGUAUUACCAACAAAAAUUGAAAAUCAUACAGUAGAAAAAAAACCAAUUGUUAUUGAUUUGAGGGAAAGUUCUGAUGAAGAAUGUUGUAUUCAGAAGGAAUCUAAACUUCCUUCGAAUGAUUCAUCUGGCUUUAAACCUUUAUACAGAAGCUCCUCUUCGGACAUUCACUCAGAUCAGGCUGUAAUGUUAGAUAACACUACAGUGUAUAAUGUAUUACCCACCAAUAUUAAAAAUCAUACCAUAGAAAAAACCCCAGUUAUUAUUAAUUUAGAGGAGAGUUCAGAUGAAGAAUUUUGCAUUCCAAAGGAAUUUAAACCUUUCUUGAAUGACAUAGCUAAAUCUAAACAUCUAUGCGAUCAAGUUGAUAAUAAUAAACAUGCACAAUCAGUCCCGACUACAAUAUCUUUUGAUUCAAACUCAUCCACUUCAUCAACUGUUUUAAACAAUUUUAGUCCCAUAGUGUGGGAAUCUGGUACAUUUGAAAUAAUCUUGGUUUUGGAUACGCGGGAAGUAAAAUUAAAGAAAGAUCGUGACUAUAUCAAAGAUACAUUGCAAGAGAAAGGUGUUCCUAUAUCUGUAAGGAAUUUAGAGCUUGGAGAUGUUAUUUGGGUAGCACGAAAAAAUACAACUUCGCCAAUGGAAGAGCUUGCAUUGGACUACAUUUUGGAAAGAAAACGAAUGGAUGAUUUGGUUGGAAGUAUAAAAGAUGGUCGAUUUAGAGAACAAAAGUUUCGGCUUUCAAAAUCUGGAGCAAGUCAAAUAAUUUAUUUAAUUGAAGAUUAUAAUCUCGAAGAAGUAGCAGAAUUUGGAAUAGAUGCCAUUAAAACUGCUCUCUCAUCAAUACAAAUGCUAAAUGGUUAUUUUUUGAAACGGACUGCUACAAUUGAUCAAAGCAUUGAUUACUUGGUUAGAAUGACUAGAAUGCUCAAGGCAAUGUAUGAGAAUACUACAUUAUACGCUAUUCCCGAUAAUAUGAUUUACCGAUCUACUUUCUUGGACAUGAAAAAGAAUUUGGCUACAUUGCAUCCAGAUCGUACCUAUCUUGUCACAUAUUCUUCAUACUCUGAUCUUAAUAGUAAAAGUAAACCUUUAACGUUGAGAGAUACAUUUGUAAGAAUGCUCAUGACUAUUAGAGGAAUCAGUGUUGACAAGGCAGCAGAAAUAAUUAAGAAUUACCCAACUCCGCGAAAGUUGGUUGAAGAGUUUGAUUCUUUGACUAAUGAGGAUGACAAAAGAAAAAUGAUUAUGAAUGCUUGUAGUGGUAUUAUUCGUAGAAAAAAGAUUGGACCAGCAUUGAGUGUUAAAAUAUACCAA